AUGACACCACCAAGAAACCGUGCAAGGACCCCUGAGACGCUUACCAAUGAACAGUUGGCUCAGAACUUGCAUCAGUCGACCCAGAUCGCCCAGGCACUGAGCAACAAUCUCCUCAACAACAAUAACCAUCCUCCGCCCAAUAGGAAUUGCAACGUAGCUUGUCAGGUGUUGAGUCAUCGUCCUCAUAUCUUUGAUGGGGAAGAAAACCCUGUAAUACUUGAGGAAUGGAUCCGAACGUUCGAUAAGAUCUUUGAAGUAUUGGGUUGCCUAGAAGAACGUCGAGUCGAGCUGGCCUCGUUUUACUUUGGGCUCGAGGCCAACCUAUGGUGGAUUCAUGAAGGCCCAGUCUAUAGACAAGAAUCGGAAUACCACAAGAGGUUCUUAGAGUUGGCUCGUUUCGCCCACGUGUUGGUUCCUACGGAAACAACGAAAGUGGAGAAAUUCGUUGCGGGACUCAACUUCGAGGCUAGGAAAACCUUAACCAUAAACAAGCCAAGGACUCUCAACGACGCUUACAGCAGCGCCGCCAAUCUUUACCAGAUUCAACAACUGCAACGGGGGACCCAAAAGCAAGCGAAGAGAAAGAACAAUGGAAGUGGAGGCCCUAACUUAAAAAGGCCAAGGAACAACUCCAACGUUAGGGAGACUCCUCAGCAAGCCCAAGGACCGCCUAGGGGAAACAACGAGGCCGGAUGGGGGAAAAUUCUUUGUAGAAGAUGUGGUAGGGAUCAUCGGGGCAAAGAUUGCCAAGGGAACGCCUUGCGUUGCUUCAACUAUGGAGAAGGGGGCCACAAGGCUUUUCAGUGUAACCAACCUGCACGUGCAAGGCCACCGCCCACAGGGCAACAAGGCAAUACGAAUAACCGAGGGGGCUAUGGAGCACCUGGGAAGGUGAUCAUCAUGAGUCGCACUCAAGCCGAAGCUGAAACCAGAACCAAAGCCAUACCCAUAGGGGACGAGGACGAAGACCUUACAGGUAACCCUUUUUGUUGUGGGUAG